AAUAAAACAUUAAAGCAUUUAUGUGUCAGAGCUCGGAGCCAAGGUGGAGGGAAGGUGAGCCCUGUACAGUAACACAGCUCGGUAAACUGAUGCCCCUUUAAAAGCGCGCAGUGACGUCACAUAUUUUUGACGGGAGGCAGGCAGCGGGAGAAGAAGGGAGCGGAUGUACCCAGGGUGAAGGAUGCCCGGGAUAAUGUCAGCGGUGUGCUCGCUGUCCCACCUAGCCCUAUCAUGAUAAACGCUGCUGGGGCGGUCGUCCGCAGGAUGCCGUCGGUGGCCCGGCGGAGCGGCUGCUGGAUAGCGUGGUGCCAGGCGGCGCUGCUCGGCGCGUCGGCGCUGGUUAUCGUGGCCGAACGGACCGCGCUGAUCUAUUGUAUAGGGUUUUACCUUUGGAAUGAGGAGACGCAGUGGGCGGGCCUCACUCUUGGCCUCUUUCUCCCGGGGACAGCAGUUCAGCUGCUGAGCAUGAAAUGGUACUACGAUGACGGGGAUGACAGGCGGUGCUACCUCUCUGUCAUACACAUACUGCACUUGGGCAUCUUCAAAAGGUUAUGGGACUGCAUGAGGACUGUGCUGCGCAUGCAGGGCUCAGUGGCCGAGCUUGGAGCUGCCGUCAUGCAGCAGGCAGAUGUUGCUGCCCUUUGGCUGCUGGAGGCCCUCGUCCUCACGCUGCCUCAGAGCCUGCUGCAGGCGUAUGUGGUGGUGUCCACUGAUGUGGGCAUCAUGUCCCCAGUGGCCUAUUGCUGUGGUCUCUGUGUGCUAUCCAUUUCCUGGGCGCUGGUGCUGUACAGCAGAGCUUGCUGUCUGAUACGACCGGGCCACCUGGCGAUGCCUCCGGCAGCCCUGCUGUGCCAGCUGGUGUGGAGGGCAGGCAUGCUGGGUGCGAGGGUGACUUGCCUGAUGUUCUUUGCCAGGGUCUUUAACUGGUGGGUGUGUGGAGUAGCAGGUUUCCACUGGCUAACGGCCUCCUUCUGGCUGGUAUCACAGCAGCCAGACAUCUGCACCGGCCCCUGGUGUUGGCGUGCCUUUAACGGCAUUAUGGGGCUCGUACACGUCUUCCUCUUUCUCAACGUCAAAGACGGACCCUCGCGCUUCCGCAUGGCCAGUUUUUAUGCAUUCAUGCUCGUGGAGAACGCUACUCUGCUUCUGGCCGCCUCCGACUUCCUCAGCGAAGCAUCAUGGGACAGCAUGACCCUUCCCACCACUGUGCUAUGUAGCUUUCUCCUCGGCGCUACCUCUCUUGUCCUUUACUACCGGUUCCUCCACCCCAAGUCGACAGAAAUCUCCCAGGGCACACACCACAACCACAUGGGCAGCACGUGCAUCGAACGAGGGGAGUCCUCCUUCUCUCUCGGGGACAAAAGCCUGCCAGCUGCCUCCAUUCAAAACCACGGCAGCUUCUCCCUCUCAGGUGUGGCUGGUUCUCUGCUGGAGCACCCAGGAACCUGCGGGGGCCGGGCUAACAGCUCCUGCCCUUGCUACCACCACCACUGGCUCCUAAUCCGGCUGGCUCUGAAAACAGGAGACCUGGGUAAGAUCAACAGAGCGUACGGGGCUGGCGGAGCAGCAGCCAUACUGGACAUGGAGGAGUACAACCAAGAGUACAAGAGUAACGAGGGUAUGACUAUCACAGGAGGAGGCAGCUGCGAGGGAGUCUCCACUUCUGAGUCUCAGGGGAAGGGAUUGGCACCUCUGUCGGACUGCAAAGACGAGUUCCAGAGCGUGAGCGAGCCCACGUCAACUGAACAACCUGAAGACGAGGAUGACAGUCUGGAGAUGGAGAGCCCGAUGGAAUCACCCACAUCUGACUUCAAACGUAGCUCACCAGAGGGCAAGUCCGUGUUUGGAGACAGUCCGGAGCCAUACUUCUGCCCCACAGAGUCAAGUUCGACGUUAUAUUUCAGCGCUGAUCCCCAGUCUCCCAGCAGUGCCAGUAACCCCCGUUUGGACCGGGACAUCGGGGUUCUGGAACAGGGGGUGCGCCUCAACUCAAUCCCAAGCGAUCCAGCCCUUCACAGAGAUAUCCGUGGGCUCAUGGGCCGCGUCGGGCCACGUUGUACUUCCACUCCUAAAUUGGACUCUGGAGUGAUGGACUCCCCUUCUAGUGUCCCUCAUCUCACAGGUCCCAGGAGGCAGCUUAUAAUGUCACGAAGAGACGAAGACGAUAACUUCUAGCUCUCUUAAGACAGAAUCAGGGAAAGAGCAGCAGUGACUUAUCUGACGUUAAAGGAGUACACCAGCUUUUCAGAAGGCUGCUUUUCCAUCUGCUCACUGCUGCCGGAUGAGAAAGCUGGCAGAACUUUCACCUCUAUAUGUCUAUAUAUUUAGAACACUGUGGGGCAUAGUCUAUAAAACAAAUUCGGGAUAAUCUUAAGCUAGCCAUUAUUCUUCUCAAAUAAACAUUAGCUUUUUCUUAAAGCAUUGCUUUGCCUAAAUGCUGGACACAGAGAGGUGAAACCUUCAGCAGUGUUUUCUUCCAUCAGACAUAUUGAAGACCACAAAGGUGGUGCACAGAGCUCAGAAACGCCUUCUAUCUAACUUAACGUUUUCUUCUGUUGUUUCUGCAGCAUUAACGUAAGCCUCAAGAACUAUACUGUGCAACACAGAACACUGGUUCUGAGUUAUAUCAAUAAACACCAGUAGAAAUAUGCAGCUGUUUAAUGAUCUCAGACGACUGACGGCUUCUAUAUUACAUACCGACACUGCUGUUAUUCAUGCUGAUAUAUGCCAGCAGUUAUGAGAAUAGAGAAGCUAUUCCUAGAUCUAAAGGGGACAGGAGUGUCUGACCUCUCAAUCUUUACCAUCUCAGUGUAAGCCAGAGCUUCAUUGGCUUCUUAAAAGCACAAGUAUCUUCUGUAUUAUAUGUCUAUUGCUGUGAUUUUUUUGUUAUUCCCUUAAAAAGAAGAAAAAUUCCCAAUCCCUCAGAAAAUAUCAUUCUGUAUUUUUUGUAUAAUCAUGUCAACUGGCAUUGCUUUGAGCAGGGCUAGUGUGUCAACCUGGCAAAAACUGUGUUUGAUGUUUUAUCUUGAUUUACAUGUUGACCAUGUAAUUGCUAAAAUGUCUUGAAUUUAUAUUAUGUUGGGGGAAAAAUAAUGUCUCAGGCACUUACUGUAAAGGUAGGCUUUGGUAUUUUUGAACCUGGACCCUUUUCUCCCAUGUUUUUGUGUCUAAGUGACUAAUGGUGACAACAUUUUUAAAAAUUGGUCCAGUAUUGAGUGAAACCAGCUGCAGUGUAAUAGAUAAGGGCAGUUGUGCACCAUCAAUUUACAUCCUUUAAAAUGGCUUCUUUUUGCCACUGUCAGGCUCAUAUUGUUAUUCUACGUAUUUGAUACGUAUGGAAGACAACCUACAGGGAAAACAAAGGCUUUUCCUCACCUUUCUCAGAUCCGCUCUGUUUGUUAGUGUUUGUAACCAAGUGUCGUUUAAGGCAAAGUUUUGUUCAGACUUUUCCGCAUUGUUAAAAUUACCACAAUAUUCAGGCAUGGCAAUGAAAAUCUUUUAGAUAACACCAAGCUAUGCUUUCUGUACUGCAACACAACAAACUCUUCCCUGACACACUCUCUCGCAACAAAUCACCUCUCACAAGACUUCUGAACAGGACUUCUUCAUGUGCGAGACUUGGUCACAAUAACAAACAGACCAACGAAAGGUACAAAAAACUUUUCAUUUCUUCGCAGGGUCCUUAUUAACACUUAUAAAAAUUUGAGCCUGUCAGUGGCAAAAACAAGCACUUUUAAUUGACAUAAACUGACGGUGCACAAUUGCCCUCAGUGAGUACAUUUCAUCCCGUUUCACCGCUGCAGCUGGAGCACUCUCUCCCAAAACUGGACCUAUUAAAAAAUAGCCACUUGUCAUUAGUCACUUAGACAAUGUGGGAAAACGGGGUCCAGUUUGAAAAAUACCAAAGCUACCCUUUAAAGAGAUGGUUCUGAUUUUUUGAGGUAGCGUUGCAUGGAGCACUUAUCCAAAGACAGUACUUACAUACAAUAGAUGGUGGUCAGCAUGCCCCUAUAGUUUGAAGAAACAGGCUGGAGUCCAACAUGGAAGCUCAGCAAUGUACUGCUGUGGAG